CAUUAAAAAUUUAAAUUUACAAAUUUUACAAAAUUUCACAAAAUUUAAAAAUAAAAAAAAAUUACUAAAAUUACAUAAAAUAUUGAAAAUUAUUUAAAAAUUUGAAGUGCCUUUAAAAAUCAAUAAAAAAAAAUUUAAUUUAAUAAUGAUGAAAACAAGUGCUGGAUAAACGCAUACUUAAAUUGUGAUAAUUUGAAAGAGCAAUAAAAUUUUAAUAUUUUGCACAAGUAUUUUUUUAUAUAAUAGAAAAUUUGACACAAAAAAAAAGAGUUUACACUUAACAUUAUAAAAAAACAAAUUUUCCAAAUUAUUCAAAAAAAAAAAAAUAAUAAUUUUUUUUUUCCACAACUCCCUACAUAAACAUAAAAUGAAACAAAUCGAUAUGACUUUAAAUAAUCAUAAUUCACAUACAAAUCAUACAACAUCAUCUGGUGAUGAUCUUGGUAGUACAGAUGAAGUUAAAGUUUUUAAAGAUGAAGGUGAUCGUGAAGAUGAAAAAAUUUCAUCAGAAAAUCUAUUAGAAGAAAAAUCCAGUUUAAUUGAUUUAACUGAAAGUGAAUUUGUAUCGUAUCAAGAGAAAAAUGGUAAAAUAAAUCGUUCUGAUCAUAGUUCAUUAGUAUUUGGUAAAGUUGAUUCAACACCAAAUUUUCCUGGUAUGGGUUAUUUUGUAUCACCGUAUGCACCAUAUGCAGCUGCUGCUGCAGCAGCUAAUAGUGGUACAAAAAUUGGUUUACCACCAUUUUUUCAUAAUAGUGAUGCAAUAACAUCACCACCGCCAGCACAUUGCGGUAUACCACCAUAUCAAUUUGAUCCAACAAAAACAAUUGGUUUACCUCGCCCACCACUCUAUCCAUUUACAGCUAGUCAAUAUCCAUAUUUAAUGUUAAGUCCUGAAAUGUCACAAGUAGCAGCAGCAUCAGCAUGGCAUCAUGCAACAGCUGGACCAACUAUGUAUCCGACACCAACAACAACAUUUCGAACACCGGCUGGUUACCCAUCAACAUUACCAAUAUCAACAAAUGAUUUUUCAUUACGUUUUUCACCAAAUCUAUUAUCACAUACACCACCACAUCAUGUAAUGAAUACUGCGGCGGCAGCGGCUGUAGCUGCUGCAGCAGCUGCUUCACAACAGCAUUCUACAAUUUCAACAUCAUCAUCUAAACAGGAUAUUAAAAGCCAUCAUCAGGAUAUUGCAAGUCAUCAUCAAUUUAAUAAAUUUAAUAAUAAUAAUAAUAAUAAUAAUGGUACUGGAAAAAUAUCAAUAAAUAAUCAUCAACUACACAAUCUGCAACAUCAUCAUCAAAAUUCAUUACUUUUACAACAGCAACAACAUCAGCAACAACAACAACAUCAACAAAAUCAUCAACAACAAAAUCAAAAAAAUAAUUCCCAAAGUGGUGGUCAUCAUCAUAAUCAUCAUCAGACAUCAUCGAAUGAUUCACAAGAUAAUAAUAGUGAAAAAGGCAAACCUCAUAUUAAAAAACCAUUAAAUGCUUUUAUGCUUUAUAUGAAAGAGAUGAGAUCAAAAGUUGUUGCUGAAUGUACUUUAAAAGAAUCUGCAGCCAUCAAUCAAAUAUUGGGACAACGAUGGCAUGCAUUAGGACGAGAAGAACAAGCCAAAUAUUAUGAAUUAGCUAGACGGGAACGUCAAUUACAUAUGCAAAUGUAUCCCGAUUGGAGUUCGCGAACAAAUAUAACAAGAGGCAAAAAGCGUAAACGUAAACAAGAUAUAACAAAUGGAAAUAAUAGUAUGAAGAAAUGUCGCGCCAGAUUUGGUUUAGAUCAACAAAAUCAAUGGUGUAAACCAUGUAGACGUAAGAAAAAAUGUAUACGAUAUAUGGAAGCAGAAAAUGAAAAUAAUAAUAAUAACAAUAGCAAUAACAACAACAAUAACAAUAAAAAUGAUGAUAAUCAUAGUUUAAAUUUGAAUCAUCAUCAAGAUGAUGAUAAUUUAGGUAGUUGUGGUAGUACAGACGAAGCAAAAACACCUGAAGAUGAUACAGAAUCAUUUAAUCAAUCUGUAUCAAGUCCCGGUGGCUUCAGUGGGCUUUCAUCAUUACAAUCACCAUCAAUGUCUGUAUCAUCUCCAUUAAAUUUUUUAGCUAGUCCAGCAACACCAAGCAAUUUAUUACAUGGGAGCAAUAGCUUGCUAUUAGAUCAACAAUCAAUUAAAUCACAGCUUAAUUUACCGUCUUCCUUAGUAAACAAUAACAAUAUUAAUGAAGAAAAAUCGUCUUUACUAAAUGUCAAUAGCCCUGUAUUAGGAUCAGCUUCUGCUGUAACAGCGGCUACUAAAACUUCUCUAUCAUCAAUAACAUCACAUUUAUCUUCAAUAAAUGUUCAAUCACCUAGACCAAGCUCUAAUGAAAAUGCAAUAUCAAAUAGUAAUAAUAGCCAACUUCAGCAUGCUCAACCAUCUUUAAGUUCGUCUUCAUCUACAUCAUCAUCAAAAUCUAUAUCGUCAACAUCAUUUACUGAUUUAUAUUUUGACAAAAUAAUGCCAAAUGCAACACGUAGUCCAGUAGGUGCAAAUCCAAGAGAUAUAAAUAAUCCACUUAGUAUUAAUCAAUUAACGAAAAGAGAUUAUACGAAUGGCAACAGCAGCAAUAACCAUAGCAAUAUUUCAAAUACUAAUGUAAAUAGUAAUAAUGGAAGUAACAACAGUAAUAGCAAUAAUACAUCUCCAUCCUUAUAUACACCAUCAACGUCAUUAGCAGGUUCUGUGGCGGUAACAACACCAACAACCAUCAAUGGCAGCAAUAAUAACAAUAAUAGCAAUUCUCUACGAUCUCAAACGAAUUCCUCAUUUACUUCAACAACAGUAACAAACACAUUAGCGAAUGCAUUAGAUUUAUUAAAGGAAUCUCAACAAAGUCCGUCAACAUCAUCGCCAUUAUCAUCAUCGUCACCAACAACAGCAUCAUCUUCUUCAUCAUUAUUACAAUUACCUCAUCAUCAAUCUAGUCUAUUAAAUUCAAUAAAUUCAAUAAAACAACCUUUACCACCACCACCUUCUGUCAGUAUAUCAAAUUUUUUGGCUGAUAUUAAUCAACAUAAUCUUCAUAAUAUCCAUCAUCAUCAUCAACAACAACAGCAGCAACAGCAACAACAACAACAACAGCAGCAACAAUUACAAUUGCAUUUACAACAGCAACAACAACAACAUGCAACUAAUACUUUUAUACAGCAAUUACAGCAGCAGCAACAAUUGCAAUUGCAUUUACAACAACAACACCAACAACAAACCUCAUUAUUACUAAAUCAAGAACAGCAGAGACUACAAUCAAAAUAGAAAAAAAUAGAAAUCAAUAAAUUAAAAUAUAAAAAUUUUUUUUUAGAAAAAAAUUAAAAGCAACAGCAAACAAAACCAAAACAAGAAACGUCAUAAAUAAAUAAUAGGAAAAAAAUAUUAAUUAGGAAAUAAUUGAUGAGAUGAUAAUUCUCAACUUGAGGCAGCAAGAAGCAAUAGCAACAGCACCUAAACAAGCAACACAACAGUAACGAAAUGUAAAUAUCGCACAAACACACACAUAUGCUUACUAAAAUUUGUAAUUCAAGCAGAGAAAAGUGUUUUUUUUUUUUCAUUUCUUUAAAUUCCUAAGAGGAAGAAAAAAGAAGCAAAAAUAUAAAGAGAAAACAAUAAGUUUUGCCCCAAAACUAAUAUGGCGGCAGCAGUAUCAUCGCGUAUUCGAAUAUUGUGUUGUGGGAUUUGUCAUAUUUUCUUCUAUUGUUGUUAUUAUCAUUAUUAUAUUCGGUUGUUAUUUUUACAUAACAAUGUAUGAGAAGCUGUUUGCUAUGAAAAUGUUGUAUGUGCAAGUUUGCUGAUAUUUCAGAAUUAUAACAGAUUGUUUCAAUUUUUUAUUGAAUUCGAUUAUGGUUGUUUUAAAUUUGGAAUUUGGUGUUGUAACAAGAGUGACUACAUACUAUGUAAAUUUGGAAUAACACGUAUAAUUGCAACAAGAAGGAAAUAAAAGAAAACGUUUAAGACAUUUUCAAUUAGAACUUCGAAUUACUAUAAGGAAACAAACUGAAUGUUUGAUAAAUCAGUACAAAGCAGAAAAUAAUGAAGGAAAAUACAAAAAAAAAUAAAAUAAAAAGAAGAACAAGAAGAAAAAGGAGAAUAUAAAAAUUUUCAAAAAAAAAAAAACAAAAGUCAGGUGGAAAUACGCAUACUUUACUUACUCUAGUAUUUGAAUGGUCUUAAUGGGGCAUCAUACACUAGUAUAUACAUAUAGAGAAAUUGAAACAGAACGGAAACACAUAGGAGGUCGUUUUUGAAGAAUUUAUGAAGAAAAUUUAUAGAGGAUUUUGUGGUGAAAAUAUUUUGUGUUUUUUUUUUAAUACCUACAUAUUUACACAACAUAUUGCGUUAAAUUUAAAAAAACAAAAGAAGGAAGGGGAAUGAAACAUAAAUGUGGUUAUGGACAAUCUAUAAGUAUGAUAUACAUACAUAUGUAAAAUUUUGUAAAGAGGUUUUCAAUUGUUAGCCAAGAACUAAACCAUGUUAUAUAUAGUAUGUUAUAUUAUUAUGUAUGUAUAUAUUAUUCAAUCAAUGCAUAUUAAUAAUAAAUUAUAGUUAGGUAGUAAUUAAUUUCAUA